AUGAAUACUGACUAUAGCUGCAGUGAUAUUAAGAACCUGGAUGAAGACAAGGAGAUUGCAUCGUCGGCCGUUGCGCUUGUUGUCCGCAGCACGCGGCGCGGGAUCGUACCACUGUGUGCCGACAUCGCCAACCUGCUCAGAGCACGAAAAAGCUUGGAGAACAUGGUGGCCAUCCAGCGCCAGGAGCUGACCCGCCUGCGCCACGUGCCACCGCCCAACUCCGUCAACAGCAGCCCGCAGACCAGCCGCUCGGGCAGCCCGCUGCAGCCGCACGUCACCACGUCCUGCCGAGCCACGUCACCGACUAACUCCCGCGACAGGGGCGUACAGACACAGGAUGUGUCCAGCGUAUGCACACAGUGCACCACCACAAGCAGUAGAAGUAGUAGUGAGGGGCUGCAGAGAACCACAAUCCGGGAGGGGGAGGAAGCAACCAACGAUUGCCAUGAAACAACGCGUGAAUACUCUUCAAAAUCUCACCGAACGAGAAGAAAGUUGCCCCGUCAGUACUCCCUGCCUGACAUGGGAGAGGGUCAGGAGAAACGCCCCCCUACCACCAAGUCUCGUAGUCUGGACGAUCAGCUGUCUGUGUCCUCCACCGAGGUGCAGUGUGACAUCCCCAACAGCUGUGAGGAUGAGAAACUACUCAAACAGUACCGCGAAACUUUGAGACUAAACUCCAAACUUGUAGAAGAUCUCACGUCAGCUAGGAAAGAAAUCGAGAGCUUGAAGAGACAACUUGCUCAACAAGAGAAAUUAGCACUAUACGAGGACACCUACCGGAUAGAACAUGAAUUGCAGCAGCUGCAGCAGUGUGGGGAACCCCUGGACAUGGUCCCACCUGACGAGUACAUCUCCCUUCCCACAAUUCCUGGUGCCGACCAUUUAUCCAAAGGCAUUAACGGUAGCCCAGCGUCUCGUGUUCACAGCGCGAGACCGCCGCCGGCCCCCUUCUCCCCUCCCCCGGACUUCCGGCCGCUCUUGGGCUGCAAAUGUACCAUCUGUUACGCUCUCCAGACCUACGGACAGUCGGCGCCGCAGCCGGCCGAGGGCAAAAACGGCUGCACGACAAACAGCAGAAAAGUUCUGCACAGACCCAAGUUCCAUGUCCAGUUAAAUGACCACGUGGUGUUGCGCGGAGACCGUACCGGUCUGGUCCGGUAUAUCGGACACCUGGACAACGUAGGAGCACCAGCUGUCGUGUAUGUGGGAAUAGAAUUAGAUGCACCAAUUGGCAGACAUGAUGGUUAUGUUAGUGGAAAACGCUACUUCUUUUGCCAUCGCAACCACGGUGUGUUCGUCCCUGUCCAAGAUGUCAUAUGUAUCAUAAAUAAACAGCAGCCACAAGCAAACCGUCGACCGCACACUGUUGACGUGAAGCGAACCUCGUCUGGGUCCAGCGAAAUGUCCUCGGGUUCAGGCCAGUCAAAAUCCUCGCAGUCUAGUUCUGGAGUCGAGUCCAGAGAUUCAAGUUCAAAAACAAGCUUCGAACUACAGGAAACAAGUCCUAAAAGGAACGUCCGAUCACCAACAUCGCAAGGGAGAAGUAGAAACUUUCAUAGAACAAGUGAAAGCAAGAUAGAAACAUCCUCCGUCUAAGAUUGGUAGUACAGGUAUACUUGUGGAGCUGUCUUCUGGGCAUUUCUUG